CAAUUAGCGACCCUUCCUUUUUACCUCCAGCGAAGUCCUCUCCGGCGCUGGCUUUCUCCUCCACGGGUCUAGGGUUCCGGCCACCGCCGCCGCCGCCGCACGGGGGAGAGAGAGUGAGAGGAUGAGCGGGAGCGCGUUCAACGCGUUCAAGUCGCGGGUGGCGGUGGCGUGGAGCCCCAAGCUGUACAUCACGCUGGUGCGGGGCCUCCCGGGGACGCGCCGCCUCCACCGCCGCACGCUCGAGGCCAUGCGCCUCCGCCGCUGCCACCGCACCGUCGAGCACCGCACCACCCCUUCCCUCCUCGGCAUGCUCACCCAGGUCAAGCGCCUCGUCGUCGUCGAGACCCAGGAGAUGUACGCCGCGCGGAGGCAGGCCGAGGACGACCGCCGCGCGCCCAGGCCACCCCUCGUCGUCUCCCACCGCCCGCCCGCCGCUGCCACGCCCACGCCCACGCCCACUGCGGGCCACUAGACUCACCAGUGGGCACCAGAAGCCAUUCUUCAAUCAAGACUGGCUACUAUAUGCUUGAGACUAUCUUUGCUCUCAAUGAUGAUUUCAUUGAACCUGUUCUGGUAACUCAUUAUUUACCAAAGUGGUCUCAUCAAGCUUGUACCUUUGAAGACCGUAAUGUCUUGGCCUUUGUAGUCAGUUAAAUGAAUAAAGCCUUUUUGAUAUGUUGGUGCCACUGUCCAAUCUUGUCAGUUACUGCUUCCUCUAUCAUCGAAAUUAUUGCUGCAAAAUUCACAUUCCAUUUAUGGUUUAUCACUUCAUUUCAACUAGGUAGUGAUGAAACAAAAUGGACCCUAUGCUAUGCCAUGCGGUAGAGAAUUUAUAUGGCUGUGAGGCACAUGUUAACGCCUUCAUUAGACAUGUAUCUCUUAUUUUCCCUGUUCUCCAACAAUGUGCACUGUGUAGUGGAGCCAAUCUUUUUCUUUUUCUUGUUCUCAACUGUGUACAUUGGCGCCUUGCAAGGCUGCAAGUAUUUUUGUGUUCAUGUUUCUCAACA